CUUUCUUUUGGCUAGCUUUAAUUUUUGUUGUUCGUCAACAGCCUGCUGCAAUCCAACUCAAGCCAAUUAUUUUUUGUAUGCACGUUGGCGGAAAAAAAGGUUGGAAGUUAGGUCGGCGUGCUGAUGAACUUUUUUGUUGCAUAAUUCACCGAUGUCGCAGCGUUUGUCAAAAAAUGGGCGACGACGUGUGUCAUGCAAUCAUCACCUGCCGUCGGGAAAAGCCAGCUCCCACCAGUGCUUCCCUGCGGCGCCUCUUCAACCUCUCCUGCUCCGUGAAGACCGAAAACAAGAUGGCUGGACGAUCGGACCUGGCAUACUACGAGGACGACCUGGACGAACUCGCGGUCCGCGUGACCCCUGAACGCUCCGUCGCCCAGACGCAAGCGAAGAUGCUGGACCAGUUCUGCGACAUCGCGCUGGUCCGGUCUGUCUCCGGAUGCGCGGCCGACGGACUCCCGGACUGGUGGCUAUCGUGGCCGACCGGACCCGCCGGCGACCGGGGGUGCGUCGUCGCGGUCGAACACAAGCAGGUGCCGCUGACGUCGUUUGCGCUCGGCUCUUUCCUCGGACUGAACACGUUCGUGGAACACUACACGUCGGACGCGGGGGGCGAUCAAAAGAGGCGUCAGCGCAUCACGCAGUGUAGCGCGCACUUUGCGCACUACAAGAGCACGCUGCUCGUUUAUUUCGUGGACGUGAACGAACCGAGGCGGAAGGAAGACUGGAGUGGCGACACGCACGCUCGCCACCGGUUCGAGGUGCGGUACACGUCGAUCUGUCGCAUCGUGCUCUCGCGUUGCUCGGACGGAGGGACGAUGGCGUACCUCCACCUGCUCUGUGCACCGCUGCUCUACAAGGCCCGCUUUGCCUCGCCGAAGCAGGAUGACCAAAGAUGCGACGACAAAGGGACGGCAUGGGAGAAGCCCGGAAAGAUCAUCAAGGUGAAAAAGAACUCGAUCACGAAGGAAGACACGAACAACCGUUACGUGCUUCAAUGCGAAGUCGCCUCCGACAGCAAGUGGGUGCGGGUCGUCGAGUUUGGCACGGAGCAGACGGCAUGCCGCAGCGACACGCUCGGACGCUGCCACGUGCUAGCGCUGAAGUUCCCCGCCCACAAGGAGCACCCGCCGACGGCGCUGUCCUCGCUGGUCACUCUCUGCCCGUCCGUCACGCUCCACUGGGCACCGGUGCAGCGCAAGGAAGCGGUGCCGCAGGCGGCGGAGCUGAGGACGGUGGGUCUUCCGUUCGGGGUGCGCUACGGGGUGGAGGCCGUCUGGUCGUGCUCGGCGCAAGUGGCGGACGAGCUUUCUCACCAGAAGACGACGCGACGGGUUGAAAAGGCGCUCCGCAAGAUGGCGGAGGAAGAUCCAGUGUCACUCGAAGAAACGCUCUACACGCUGCAGCAGUCGAUCCGGCAGGCGAGGAUCGUCAACUUCCAGGCCGGACUGAGCCACCUCUUUGCCAAGUACCGGAAGCUGCGCCAGCGGGGGUCCCUCACGGGCGGCGUCCUUGGCCAGGCGCUUCCCCGCCAGGUGGUGCUGGUGCGGCGGGCUGUGCUGACGCCGACGCACCUCCUGCUGCUGCCUCCGCAGCCGGUGUGCACCAGCCGCAUCAUGAGCUGCUUCCAGCCAGAGUACGCAAUGAGAGUGAUCCUCCGCGACGAAGACGGCAACAUGCUCUCCUUCUCGCUGGGCGUCAACCGGGAGGACUUCCUCCGGAAGAACACCAAGCCACGGCUCCUAGCCGGGUUCACCGUAGGCGGACGCAAGUACGAGUUCCUGGCGUCUUCGACGAGCCAGCUGCGGAGCCACGGAGUCUGGUUCUACUCCCGGGACGCCAACGGCUUCACGGCAGACGACGUGCGGGCCGCCAUAGGCGACCUCUCGUCAAUCCGCGUCCCGUCCAAGUACAUGGCGCGUCUGGGGCAGGCCUUUUCGCAGUCGAUGGGCUACGUCACGGUUCCCCAGGCGUGCACCCGCGUCGACCGGGACAUCCUGCUGAAGGGGAGGAAGCCGGGCAUCAAGUACAAUUUCUCGGACGGCGUCGGCCGCAUCUCCCCGUCCGUGCUGGCACGGGUGCACGCGGCGCUUCCUGCAGAAGGCAAGCCGAGCGCCAUCCAGAUUCGCUACGGCGGCUGCAAAGGCAUGCUGGUGCUUGACCCGACGCUCGAGGGGGACCAGAUUGUGUUCCGCGACAGCAUGUUCAAGUACCCCUCGCAGAGCGAAGAGCUCUUUAUCCUCAAGACCAGCAGACCGCGGGUGGUGAAGCUGAACCGGCCUAUGAUCACAAUCCUGUCCCAGAAGAUGACGCGCAGUGGGGUCCAGGACAUCGAAGACGGCGUCUUCAUGAGGAUGCAGCAGGACUGCCUGGAGCCGUACCUGGACAGCCUGUUCAACGACAAAGGCACCGCCGCCCUGCUUCAGUCGGAGAGCAGUCUGCGGAUGCCCUACCGCGAACUGGCCGAGGCCGGGCUGGACUUGCACGCCGAGCCCUUCUUCCGUUCGCUGCUCUGGGCCCUACACCACCGCUGUCUAAAGGACCUGAAGGACAAGAUGAACAUCCUGGUGCCUCCCAGAUUCGGACGGACCAUGUUCGGCGUCCUGGACGAGACAGCAACCCUGCAGUACGGACAAGUGUACGUCCGCUACUCGACCGACCUCGACCGCUUUGGGCCAGAUGACGAAUCCCAGGUUCUCACGGGCAGGGUGAUGGUCACGAAGAACCCGUGCAUCCACCCCGGCGACAUCCGUCUGCUGGAAGCGGUGGACGUUCCGGCCCUGAGUCACAUCCGAGACUGCGUGGUGUUUCCGCAGAUCGGAAAGAGGCCGCAUCCCGACGAGAUGGCCGGCUCGGACUUGGAUGGGGACGAGUAUUCGGUGAUCUGGUACGAGCCGCUGCUUUUUAAGAGGAACGACGAUCCCAUGGACUUCUACAGCAGCGAGGCCGUGGAGAAGGAAGGCACUGUUCAGGUGGAAGACAUGGUGGACUUCAUGUGCACCUACAUCGUGAACGACAUCGUGGGCCUGAUGGGCAGCGCGCACCUGGCGUGGGCCGACCUGCUCAAGCAGGGAGUCAAGUCCCAGCGCUGCCUCGUCCUUGCCAAAAAGUGCUCCGAGUGCGUGGACUUCGCCAAGACGGGAAGUUCGACGCGCCUCGCCCAGUCCGAGAAGCCCCCGCGCUACCCGGACUUCAUGGAGAAGCACGCGGAGAAGUACACGUACCCGUCGAAGCGGGCGCUCGGCCUGCUCUACCGCAACCUGAAGGGCAUGGUCGCGGACAGCGCGGGCCCCGUCGGGGACGUGCGUCCGGACCGCCGUCUGCUGGUCCCGGGGCGGGAGGAGUUUGUCGAGGGGGCACGGGAGGCACUACGCGAGUACAAACUGGCGCUCUGUUCCAUUUUAACUAGCUAUGGGGUAAGCUCGGAAGCGGAGGCGCUGUCGGGCGCGGUGCUCUCGAUGGACAAGCACGUGAAGACGAAGCACGACCCCACCGACGUGGCGCUGGUUCUAGAGAGCCAAAUUCAGCACCUGAUGGAACGCACGCGCGCUGUGUUCUUCGAGGGGCUGGGCGGGGACUUUGACUUCCGCGCCGCAAAGCGCAAGGCGUCCGCGUGGUACGAAGUCAGCUACGAGGGGCAGACCGGCGGGUGCAGCGGGUUUGCGUGGGCGGUCUCGGACGUGCUUCUGAGUGUGCUCCGCGAUGCCCCCGCGCUGCCGGUGGAUGGGUACCACGGCAGGGGGACGGUACGAGACCGGCUGGCCGAGAGGCUACUUCCCCGCAACGACCAGAAGGCAGUGCCAUUCGAGGUGGCGCUCCUAAACAACGCGCUGGUGCUGCUGCGCCAGUGGCUCAAGGGCAAUGAGAAGACGCUGACCCGCAUGGACUCGAGCACGCCGAGCGACGAGCGGCUGGCGGACUACACACGUCUCGCUAAGGAGAGUCUGGAGAGGGCGAUGGCGGACCUGGAGAAGCGGUACGGCAAGGAGCGGGUGAGGCACCGGCCGAGCGUGCUCCUUAUCUCCUGUCUCAAGGACUUGAGUCGUGUCUGUCACAAAGACGGGAGGAAAGCUGCGAGGAGCAGAGACAGCCUACACGUGGCCAAGCAGAGAGACUGCCUCGGCAACCUGGCACAGCACACGCUCCAGCGGCUCUUGUACCACCGCUCCGGCAAGGAGGUGGACCUCGGAACGGCGGUCCUGCCCGCGGGACCGAUCCAAACACAGGUGGUCCUCGUGCAGAGCGGGGACCACGACUUCUACAUGGCGGUCAUGCGGAACUUGUGCAAGUUCCGGUCGAUGCUCUGCGGCCUGACGCAGGUGGAGGACGUUCAGCUCGGCGAGUACGAGGACGGCUUCGGAGAGCACUUCUUGCGACUCAUGGUGACGGGAAUUCCCUGGGCCAUAGACCGCCUCAAGAGCAUAGCCAUCAACGAGCAAUUUCAACGUACGUUUCGCAGCUUGCUCACCGAAAAGAAUUCUGCAAUGGCCGACUAACGUGUGGGCGGACGCGACCGUUACGCCAUUUCGUACAUGGGGCAUAUAUUUGAUCACAAAUAUCACAAAACCCUCACGCUGGUGCUAUACAGUUUCGAAAUCACCUCAUAGGUGGUGCCGUGAUAAGUAAACGCAAGUGUGUGAACGAACCUUAACUUUGGGAACAUUAUGUCCUUGCACCACUGCAGUCUCUGUUUUUAUUUUUCGUUUUUUUCAGUGAGGUUCCUCAAUAUAAGUGGCAAUUGGGAUGAGGUUAGUGUCCCAGGAUUCCUCCAGGUUAUCUGCUUGCUUUUUAAAUGGCAAAAGGGUGUCAUUAUUCUUUGUUGGUUCUCAUCAGUGGAGAGUGUGCCAUGUUCAGACCACCGUCAAAUCCCGAGCAAGCGCCCACUAAACAUUAGAAGAUGGUCGUCUAAAACUGGGGGUUGGGUGCUGCUUAGGUCAACAGUGUGUAAAAAUCUGUUUUUUUUGCGUAUUUUCCAAAUGUUGAAAACUGAGGGGUGGGCACUUAUUGUGGAAUGGAUGGAUGCUCAGUAUUUUGCGGCAGUGCGGUAGGUUUGAGGUGCUGCAAACGCCAUUACGAGAGAAAUGUGCAAUGCUGACUGCAGUGUUGUGGGACUCUUUCUUUUUUUUUUUUCUCGCUUGCUUUGAACGCUUGAAGGCUUUGAUCUGGCAAGCGUCUAGUCGGUCCUUGGAAGUUGAAAUAAAGAAUAUAUAUUUUUUUUUUUCAAAACCGAAGAGAGAAUUUGCUGGUUUUGAUUGUAGGUUAGGAGUGGCGGGACAAACUCCUUCCAGAAAGCCUCUUUCCAUUUUAGCAGGGCGAACACUGGAGAGGAGGAAAG